AUGUUGUGGCGAAAUGUACCGUCGAGAAGAGCGAUCGCGGCUACACUCUCAGUGUGCGCCAUCGUAUUCUUAAUCCAUGUGGUGACCGUGGGACCCAGUGCUCCCACGCAGAUCCAGCACCGGUUUCCGUCGUCGAGACGGCUGGCGCAACCAGAGCGGCAGGACGCCGUCAAGCGUGAGUUCCUCCACGCGUGGACAGGAUAUCGAGACCACGCAUGGAUGGCGGACGGACUCCGGCCGUUGUCCGGCGGUAGGAAACAGCAGUUCUGCGGAUGGUCGGCGACUCUCGUGGACGCGCUCGACAGCCUGAUCAUCAUGGGACUGGACGACGAGUUCCAGGAAGCGCUGAACGCGACGCUGACGGUUGACUUUGGCGGCGAGGACGUCGUCGAGAACUGCGACGUGAAUCUCUUCGAAUCGACCAUCCGGUACCUGGGCGGGCUGAUGGCGGCGUACGACCUCAGCAACGACGAGCGGAUCCUCCCGAAGCUGAUCGAGCUAGGCGACGUGCUGCACUCGGCUUUUGCCACGCCCAACGGCAUGCCGUGCACCGUGUGCAACCUGGCCACGACGACGACGAAGGAGGCGGCCGAAACCGCCGCGCUCGCCGACGUCGGUAGCCUGUACCUGGAAUUCGCCCGACUGGCCCAGGUGACGGGAGACGAAAAGUACAUGCGCACAGUCGACAUGCUCAGCGGGGUGUUUGCGCGGUCGCAGAACGACUCGUCGAUUCCGGGACUGUGGCCGGAGACGGUCAACCCGCGCCUCGUCGACGGGCCGCAGGGGUACGAUUUCGCACGUCGAAGCUCGCGGUACGGGCUAGGCGCCAUGUCGGACUCUGCGUACGAGUACCUCGUCAAGACGCACCUGCUGAUCGGCCACACGCGGUCCGUGUUCGGGACGAUGUGGCAUCUGGCGUCGCGGCAGAUCAAGCGCUACCUGCUGUUCCGCGCGCUGAUCCCGGGCGCCAACGAGACGGACGUGGUGUUCCCGGGCAUCGCGUCCAGAAGUCUCACCGGUCCAGGGGGGUCGAGGUCGCCGCAGACGCUGCUGGAGACGAGGACCGAACACCUCGCGUGCUUCGCCGGCGGUAUGUUCGCCAUGGCCUCGCGGAUCUUCAACAACCCCGAAGACUUGUACGUCGGCGAGCAAAUCACGAACGGCUGCGUGUGGGCGUACCAGAACAGCCCGUCGGGCAUCAUGCCGGAGACGCUCACGCUGCUGCCGUGUUCCAUCAACGACGGCCGCCAGUGCGACUGGGACGACUCGUACUGGGCGGCGGAGAGCCGGCAGAGCGGCGCCGGCAGCGGCACGCCGGAAGAGGACUGCAUAGACGCGUACGGGGACUGUCAGCCGUCGUCUCGCUUCCCGCCGGGGUUCCUGCAGGUCAAGGACCCUUCGUACAAGCUGCGGCCCGAGGCCGUCGAGUCGGUCUUUGUCAUGUGGCGCGUAACGGGCGACGAGUACUGGCGCGAAGUGGGCUGGGACAUGUUCCAGUCCAUCAUCGAACAUACGCGGUCCCCGUUCGGCCAUGCCGCCCUGUUCAGCACCAUGGAAGUCUACCAGCGCGACACGUACGAGAGGGGCCUCAUGGUGCGCAAAGUGCUCGCGAGGCAGAUGGACGACAUGGAGAGUUUCUGGUUCGCCGAGACUCUCAAGUACUUCUAUCUCUUGUUUAGUGAUCCCAGCUUGAUCAGUCUGGAUGAGUGGGUGCUGAAUACGGAAGCUCAUCCGUUUCGAUUGACUAGAGGGAUUCGAGGGUUUUAG